AUGUCAGACGAGCUCCUGGACGAAGUAGAAGCAAUAAAUUCUAUUUACGGAGACGGGUCACUCGUACAAACGGAAGAUGAGUCCUCGUCAACAUAUAUCCUCAAGCUACCCGGCGACGCAUCAUGGCUCAGGAUCCGGUUCCCGGAGGCGUAUCCCGCACAACCACCGCUAAUCUUGGGCACGCACCACUCCUCGGGCGGCGUUAGAGGCGCCGGGGCGAGGGACCUACGCCUAUUCAAGGACGCCGUGCACAGUGUCUUCCAGGAGGGCAGCGUGUGCCUGUUUGACGCGGUGGAAGAGUUUGGCAGACGGGUCGAGGAGCGGCCCCCCGAGGAGCCUCGGGACGGGCCGGAGCACGAGGAGGCAGCGGCGGGGGAGGAGGAAGAGCAAGAGGACCCCUUCCCGGCCCCGGACUGGACACUGUCCGAGGUCGUCGUGGAGAACAAGUCGACGUUUGUGGCGAGGGUGGCGAGGGCGUCGUCGCCCGGGGAGGCGAGGAGCCACGUCGCGAGUCUGCUGGCGUCGGACAAGAAGGUGCGGCUGGCGACGCACAAUAUCACGGCGUGGAGGAUACGCGGCCAACGGGGCACGCAGUUCCAGGACUGCGAUGACGACGGGGAGACGGCGGCGGGCGGUAGGCUGCUGCACCUGAUGCAGGUCAUGGACGUGUGGGGGGUGGUGGUGGUUGUGAGCCGGUGGUACGGCGGCGUGAAGCUGGGCCCGCGGCGGUUUGCGGUCAUCAAUGGCGUUGCGAGGGAUGCCAUGGUCCGCGCGGGCGUCGCUGGGAAGUGA